AUGAACCCGAAACCGUUCUGGAUCCUGCGCCAUCACGGCUCUUCUCCCAUCCGCUCGAUUCACCACGCCCACUCUCUGCUGGCGAUUGGCGACGAUGGCGGUAUCGUCUCGCUGGUGAACCUAGUCACCUUUCGACCGCGGUUUAAAUGGAUCGCUCACACCGACUCGAUCCUUACCGUCCUCAUCGUCGCGUCCGAUCAAGUGGUCACACAUGCACGCGACAACACGCUUAAGCUAUGGCACCUACCUCCUACCCCUCCUUCGCUCGGACUAGCAGAGUCAAGCGUAGAGCCAGAGCUGAUCCGCGAAAUCGGCGUCAAUGCACUCAACUUUGCCCGCUGCUCGCAUCACGCUGGCCACAUCGCAGUGCCACACACCCUCGACGCGGCCUACAUCGACAUCCUUGACCUUCACACGGGCAAAAGGGAAUCGGAAGCGAUAGGCAGACCGGACGUCAAGCCCACUUCCCGGCUGGCCAUCGUCAUGUCGCUUCACUUGAUGAAGGACGACGUCGUCGUGGCCGGGUACGAAGAUGGGUGGGUCAAAAAGUGGCGCGACGGCGAGCUGAUGUGGAGUGCUCGAUGCCAUAGCGAGUCGGUGAUGAGCGUGGCGGUAUGCGAGAAGGAAAGCUUCGGCGUGAGCGUCGGCGCGGACGAUAGGAUCGCACGGUUCGAUUUGGAAUCGGGGACCGUGGAUUGGACCCGGACGCGAACGCCGGGCAAGGCAAGCGUCGCCAUCAGCCCAGAUGGAAAGACCGUCGCUGUGGGCGGCUGGGACGGGUCGCUAAAAGUCUACUCGACAUCAACCCUGACAGAGCUCGGCUCGCUCAGCUACCACCGCGAUACAGUCGAGUGUCUUGCUUUUGCACUGGCCAACCGCGGCGAUCAAGCGGAGCAAGACGAUUCGGAUGACGACGCGGAUUCCGGGAACGGUUCGACGGGCACACAGCUGGUGCUUGCGGCAGGUGGCAAGGAUGGCAAGGUCUCGCUGUGGAAGUAUCAUUGA